AUGAAACAUGCAAACAAGCUUGAAUUUGACCGACAUGAAGCUUUACUAUCGAAAAUCAGGACUGAAGCUCGAAGUGUCGGCAGCUUCCAUGACGAAACAGACUUGAAGAUUAUGGAAGAUCAGCUUUCUUGCAUGUCUCGAAGAGCGACUCUGCGGGAGAUGAAUACGCAGAGGGACGUGAUUGCUCUAAUUGGCGAUUUCAGUAUAGCGAUCAGUCCGGAUACCCAUAGAACAGAGAGAGAAAAUGAUCGUCGGAAUAGAAUCAAGUCGCAACGAAAGAAUAUUCAGACUGUUAGUAAGGUGUUGGAAAAGCAGGAAAGGAACUUGGGAAAGUUGUUCAGACAACGGUAUGGCUCUGUAGAAGAGAUACCGUCUUCCAGUCAGGGCUGGAACUCACUGUGGGCGUCAACUCGUUUCAAGCCCGGUACAAGCCGAAUAAAGUACAAGCUUGUUGCUUCGGAUGGCGACACAACAUCUCCAACAUGCCGAUUACGACCGGAAUAUAUUGUCGAUCCUGAAGAUGCACAGGAAGAUUGGAAACCUAUCUUAGAUCCGGCCGUACCUCUCUUUAGCGGAUAUGAAUCCCAACACCAAGAUGAGACAUUGUCAGCAUGUGAUGUCAAUCUGUCUAGAGUUUCGGAUGGGACCGGUAUCCCAACGGGGGAUUUUGUCAACAACGUUGGAAGUAUGCUUUUGCUGACGGAAGCGUCUAAAGCGAAGUUGGACAGCUUGAGCGAGGAUCCCAAUGAUUGGCAGCACGAGGGUGGAGAACUAGAGAAGGCUGCCCAUCUGAAGAGGAUGAAUAACGCAAUGAAGAUCAUGCAAGAAACUUUGCCUACUAUUUUACAUGACGAUUGGAACACCAUACUAUACUCUCAGACCCAGUCUCUGAACUCCGAGCUAACAGAUCGAGUCAUUAAGGGUAUGACUGCCGAUGAGUCGCAAGUCUUGAACAAAUGGAAGUCAUGGAUGACGAAUCGCGUUAACGCCAAAACAGCAGAUGCUCUCGCCGAUCUGUACGAUGUCUUAGCUAUUCUGACCAAAGAGGAUAGCCAUGAGGAAUAUGUAGAAUAUUCUCAAGCCAAAGACAAUGCACUCAAGCUCAAAGCAACGCAUGAGGAAGGAACAAGAUUGUCAGCAGUCGAACUUGCCCACGCGUUGCCGGAUGCGGAGAGUUGCCCAUCUACGAUUGAAGAGUGGAAUGAGCUAUUGUUGAACAGAAGAACUUAG